AUGCAAGAGAGAGCCCGCAUUCGAGAGCUCAACAGGUUGAUGGCCCUAAGUAGAAAUACCAGCAAAGUAAAGGUUUUGGAUGUAUCCAUGGAUCCAGUAGUCACAAGUCCUGUAGGAGUAGUGCCGUUUUUGGACAAAAUAGGCCCAAUCAAGCCGAAUGACAAGCCUGGACCUGGCGCUACCAAGAAAACCGUAAAAACCAAAACAAGUGGCAAAGCAAGGGGUAGAACAACUUCUAAAGUGGAUGUGGACGAUUUCGCCAAACCAGAACUAUACGAAAGGGCAGUAAAGCUAAGUCUAGUUCGAAAAACCCCUCGUACAUCACCAAAUGUCAAACAACCAGGAAGCGACACUCAGUCGGUAAAUUAUAACCUCAUUUCUCCACGUGAAGUAUCCCCGAGAGACAAGGGGGCCCAUACACCUAGUAAAACGCCAACACCACCAGCUAGGACUCCAACACCUUCACCUAGGGCUCCAAACAGCACCCAGACACUCAAACAACAACCAAAAUUCCAAAAUUCAGAAAAUCUAUUAACAGGUAUGAAUAAAACCGAAGAGGUGAAGAAUACACUAAAAACAGACACCCUGUAUAACAAAAAUGAAAAUAAUCCAACCAAUCAAAAGAUUAAUUUAAUUUCAAAUGUAAAUCUCAUUCCUGAUUGGAAGAGCGAUUACGAACGCACGCCUACUGAUAAUGUAGAAGAUAUGGACGCCGAAACCUCCAUAUAUGGUAAUGAAAAUGAUGGAAACCAAACCAGACAUCUUGACACGCCUAAGCAACAAAUACAGCCCAUAUAUGGUAAGCCAAAUCAAGUACCUCCUACAUCUCAAGAUGGAACCGUACUCGGCCAUCUUAAGUCACCAUUACAAGAAAACAUCACCUUAUAUGGUAAUCUGCAAAAUCUGGGAAAUUUCCAACAAGACGGCAACACUGCCACUCACUUUACUCCGCAAUUCCAGCCCACUGCACCGCCCACAAUGGCAACUUACACCACCACUGUUGCCACUGUGACCUUUUCUCAGCCAACUUCUACCAAUUCAAACUUGGGACUAAAAUCAAGCACGAAAUCCACUCCACUACUUGCUAGUCAAGUCAAUGAUGAUUCAAAAAUUCCAGCAAACAAUAAUCCAAACAACUUACCAGCCGAAAGUUCUAAAAACCAAAAAAUAAUAAAUAAUCAAAAAACAGGGGAAGUCAAAAACACCCAAAAAACAAACACUUUGGAAACUGAUGAAGAAAGUAUCAGCAAGGAUGAAGAAGAGACUGAAGAAGAUAACCAACAAAAAAAGAAGUUUAAAUUCACUAAAACAAAAAACUUCAUACCAAUAGCUACAAUUAUUAAGAGAAAAUGCAAAGAACCCGAAACAAAAACAUCAAAUAAAUUCGAUUUGCUAAACAAAAACAUAGACGAGGUAAUCAAGGACAAUAAUGAUCCCGUAGAACAAGCAGGACCUUCCAAACUUCCACCUAAAACAAGUACAACAAAAACAAACCACACACAGAAUAAUACUGAAAAUACAAAUAGUACACGGACUAAGGUCCAAAACAAAAAUAACAAACAACCAAAUAAAAAAGAUCCUCCACCAAUAGUUUUAGCAGGAAAAACCAUCUUCAAACACAGCGAAAUUGUAGAGAAUCUCAAAAAGCAACAAGUUUCAGAUUUUACUAUAAAACACACAAAAAAUAACAUAAUAUUGAACAUUAAAUCAGACAGAGAAUACGAUAAAUACUUACACAACUUGAAGGAAAAUAAUGUAUAUUUUCACACCUACACCAAAGAGGAAAACAAAACCCAUGCCUUUAUAAUGAGAGGCUUGGACGCCGAAAUUACUCUAGACGACAUUAAAAAAGCCCUAUUCACCGAACACGACAUUAUUAGCCUGCAAACAUUUACAAAAUCCCCACACGACAACACCUUCAAAAUCACCUUGGUGAGAAAGUUGAGCCAUCUCGCUAAAUAG